AUGACAAUUUUAAAAUCUUUAGAAUCAAUCUUGAUAAAUAAAAAUUCAAAUAAUAUAAAAUCAAUAAAUGUAACCCCUGUUAAUAAUAAUUCAUCAAAUAAUAAAAUAUUAUCACAAAACGAUUUAAAUAAUACCAUUGCCGCCGCUAUAAAUAGAACAAAUUGUUAUUAUGACUAUUUUAAUAAAUGUAGUGAAAGAAGAUAA